GUCGUCGCUGAUGUCGUCGUCGGGCGAGCUGCCGAGCGGCGUGUCCUCCGCCGGGCCCUCCUCCCCGACCUCCGCGCACACCGACCACUCGCGACUCCCGGACAGCUAUUGGAGUAGAAAUGUGGCGAGCGUGGUCCCCAUGCCCCAGUGGGACGGGGAGGCGGCCACGCUGUGCGCGCACGACGCCGCCCUGCGCUCGCUCGCGCCACUCGCAGGUUCGUGUAUUAGCGGCGACGUGACGCCCGUGUCGGCCGCCUCCGACCUCGAGUUCAACAGCAACGAGGCGACCGCCGGCUCCGGCACCGACCACGACCUGCUGAGCGCAGAAGGUGAAGAUGACGAAGAUACCCUGUCAGUAGACGCAUGCUCCUCUCCAAUGAGGAUAAUUAAAAACGAUUUGACGACACUAUCUAAGUCUCCCGGCAGUCCUGCGAGAGUGGACGACUGCGAGCCCUCGACUAGCAACGCUGCAGAUCUUUACGGACUUAGUUUACAACAAACUAAAGAAAACUUGUACAAAGAUAUGCCUUCGAGCAGUAAAAACUACAACAACGAAUACGAUGUUAAGAAUAAAUGUUUUAAAGGGGAAAGUUCGCAAUGGAGCAAUUUGGACUCAUUGAACUUGCAGAGUAAAGAUAAUGUUAGGCCUAAAGUGAAAAUAACCGAUGUUAUGAAUAAUGCAAGUAGAAGAUAUAGUGAUAGUAGUCAGAGAAGCAAUGCGAGCUCGCAGGCUGCGGGCGGCAGCAGGUUUAAGACAACUUUAGUGGACGAACAGGAAUUUCGCUCCGGAGCCGAUAGUAAGUCGACUGACACCACGGAGCCGACAGACGCGUCCGCUCCCGCCGCCCCCGCCGCGCCACUCGUCACCAAGGCCACAAACACGAGUAUCAAACCUGGUUUUAGCAUCACUGACACCUAACCUUAAAAUAAUUGUCCAAUAUUUGUAAGCUUUUAUAACCAAUAAAAUCAAAUUGAACACAGAUUAA